AUGCUGGUUGACAGGAUGUUCUCCCUUCGCACCGCUGUGCGGAGAGCUUCCACCGCAAAGCCCCUCCGAGCGCUCUCCGCACCGCACGCCGUCGCAUCUGCCAGACUUUGCUCUCCCACAAACCGGGCCUCGCUGAGGGCAUCUGCGGUGCCGCUGCUGCAGAGCCGUCACUACUCGCGCGCCGCCGACACACACCUUUCCUCUACUCGGACCACUGUCGUCCAGUUGCUGAGUAACAUCGGCUCAAAGCGUGAGGUCCAGCAAUAUCUCUCUCACUUCACCUCCGUCUCCUCGCAGCAAUUUGCCGUCAUCAAGGUCGGCGGUGCCAUCAUCACUGAACAUCUCAAGACUCUCUCUUCCGCCCUCGCCUUUCUUAACCAUGUCGGCCUCUACCCUAUCGUCGUUCACGGCGCCGGUCCCCAGCUGAACCGCAUGCUUGAGGAUGCCGGUGUGGAGCCACAAUUUGAGGAUGGUAUCCGAGUCACGGAUGGCAAGACAUUGGCUCUGGCCCGGAAGUUGUUUUUGGAGGAGAACUUGAAGUUGGUCGAGGAGUUGGAGCGCAUGGGUGUGAGGGCUCGCCCUCUCACCGCUGGCGUCUUCCAGGCCGACUACCUUGACAAGGAGAAGUACAACCUCGUCGGCAAGAUCAAUGGUGUCAACAAGACCCCCAUUGAGUCUGCAAUUGAUGCCGGUUGCCUUCCCAUCCUCACGUCUAUGGCGGAAACUCCCGAUGGCCAGGUACUCAACGUCAACGCUGACGUCGCAGCCGGAGAGCUCGCGCGUUCUCUUCAGCCUCUUAAGAUCGUUUACCUUGCCGAGAAGGGCGGGUUGUUCAACGGCGAUACAGGCGAGAAAAUUUCCAGCAUCAACCUCGAUGAGGAAUACGAUCACUUGAUGUCACAGUGGUGGGUGCGUCACGGCACUCGCCUGAAGAUUAAGGAAAUGAAGGAUCUUCUCAGCGACCUCCCCCGGUCCUCUAGCGUUGCCAUCAUCCACCCGGCCGAUCUGCAGAAGGAACUCUUUACUGACUCAGGUGCUGGAACUCUGAUCCGCCGAGGAAACAAGGUUCACACCAAGACUUCUCUUUCUGAGUUUGAGGACUUGGCCCAAUUGAAGGAAGUCUUGGUCCGCGACCGUGAAGGACUCGAUGCUCGGGCGACUGUCGACCGCUAUGUCGAGGGCCUCAAGGAGCGCGACUUCAAAGCCUACUACGACGAGCCCAUGGAGGCACUGGCCGUUGUCCUGCCCCAGGCGAAGGACUCCGUCACCUCUGCUGCCCACCUUGCCACUUUCACCAUCACCAAGUCUGGGUGGUUGACAAACGUGGCCGACAAUGUGUUCGCCGCGAUCAAGAAGGAUCACCCCAAGCUUGUCUGGACUGUCAAGGAAGAUGACGAGAACCUAACCUGGUUCUUCGACAAGGCCGACGGCAGCCUCAGUCGGGAAGGUGAGGUUCUUUUCUGGUACGGCGUUGAGAGCGGCGAUGAGGUGAAGCUCUUGGUUCAAGAGUUCACUCAGCACGGCCGCCAGAUGUUCGGUGACAUCAACCUCGAAUCUAGACUUCAGCGCGCUGCCCAGGCAGCUGCCAACAUUGGCAAGCCUCUGGGUGCUUCCGCAGGCCAGAAGCGUACAUUUUCUACCGCAACCAACGCCCUCCGCGCUUCUCGCUUCGGACGCCCCGCGGCUCCUAUCCAAAGUGUCCGUACUUACGCCACAACCAAUCCUAACCCUCCUCUCGGAGAGAAGAACAACUCCAACCCCAAGCCUUCCAAGGUUGCCCUCAUCGGUGCCCGUGGGUACACUGGACAAGCUCUGAUCAGUCUUAUUAACGCUCACCCCCACCUGGACCUGCGCCAUGUCUCUUCUCGCGAGCUGGCUGGCAAGAAGCUACAGGGCUACGACAAGCGUGAGAUCAUCUAUGAGAACUUGAGCCCCGAGGAUGUCAAGCGCAUGUCAUCCAACGGUGAUGUCGACUGCUGGGUGAUGGCCCUCCCCAACGGUGUCUGCAAGCCCUUCGUGGAUGCCGUCGAUCAGGGUGCCCGGGACGGAAACGUGAUUGUCGACCUGAGCGCCGACUACCGUUUCGACGACAAGUGGACUUAUGGUCUGCCCGAGCUGAUCAGCCGCUCCAAGAUCGCCCAGGCCACUCGUAUUUCCAACCCUGGCUGCUAUGCCACCGGAACUCAGGUUGCUAUCGCUCCUAUUGUUCCCCACCUCGGUGGACAACCCACCGUCUUCGGUAUUUCUGGAUACUCUGGUGCUGGUACCAAGCCAAGCCCUAAGAACGAUGUCCAGAACCUGACCAACAACAUCAUUCCUUACUCUUUGACGGAUCACAUUCACGAGAGGGAGAUCAGCGCUCAGCUUGGUACUCCCGUCGCCUUCAUGCCCCAUGUUGCUGUUUGGUUCCAGGGUAUCUCUCUCACAAUCAGCAUCCCUCUCAAGGAGGCCAUGUCCUCUCGUGAUAUCCGCAACAUCUACCAAGACCGCUACGCUGGCGAGAAGCUUGUGAAGAUCAUCGGCGAGCCUCCCGUUGUCAAGGACAUUGCUGGCCGCCACGGUGUUGAAGUCGGCGGCUUUGCCGUUCACUCCAAGGAGAACCGUGUCGUUGUAUGCGCCACCAUUGACAACCUCCUCAAGGGUGCCGCCACCCAAUGCCUGCAAAACAUGAACCUUGCCCUCGGGUAUAGCGAGUACGAGGGAAUCCCUCUUGAAUAG